AUGACUGUCGCUGGUGAAGUCAUUGACAUUGCAAAUGGAAAGGCUGACAUGAUGAGCCACAUCAAGGAAUCAAAUGAGGAUGGUGCAGCUAUAUCUCCAACUGAUGGGGAGGAACCUGGUCCCUCAAUCACAACAACUGAAGCUGAGAACAGAGUUAUAGAUGAUGUCCUAGGCACCCCACAUGCUGAGCUGAGAAGCGGAACUCACGACAACAAGGAUCACAUUCAGAAAUACCUGGACCUUCUCACAAUGAGAUUCAUGUGUCUAACUGGAAGCACAAAAGAAGCAUUGAAAGAUGCUGAUUGGAUUAUGGCUAUGCAAGAAGAACUCCAUCCAUUUGAGAGGAAUAGUGUAUGGCACCUGGUUCCACGACCUGCUGACCGAACCAUUAUAGGGACCAGAUGGGUAUUCAGAAACAAACUUGAUGAGAUUGGAAACACAACAAGGAACAAGGCUCCUUGUGCUUGGUAUGAAAAGUUGUCCAAAUUUCUUCUAGAAAAUGGCUUUACAAGAGGAAAUAUUGACAACACCUUAUUUAUGAAGAAACGAGAGAGGAACUUGCUCAUUGUGCAAGUCUAUGUUGAUGUCAUCAUCUUCGGAGCAACAAAUGAUUCUGUGUGA